AUGAAUCACAAUAUUCAAUUUAGCCAAACUUGUCAUAUCUCUUUUUAUAAUUUUGUGCAGAUAGAUCCCAGCUAUAGACCUAGCUCAAUGAUAUGUCGCACUAAUUCUCGUGUUAUUCUUCCAUUUGCUGGUUCAGACAAAGUUUUGACUCUUUCCCAGUGGAACCUCCAUGUUGUUGGAAAAAUUAGCUCUUGGAUUGAUCUGGAUUCAGAAGACGAGAUACUUCGAAAAGCUUCUGAAUUCGCUCUUAAACAGGAAAUAGAACGGGGUUCUUAUCUGUCUUUGCGGGCAUGUGUACUUCCGACCCCCAAAAGAGCAUCCUGUGCUAAUUAUGCAAGAUGUGUUAAUGAGAUUCUACAGAAUCUCAAACACAUGAAGUUGUGGCUCAGAAUUCCGCUUAAGAAAUUUGAUGAUGACCCUAAGGAUGCAAACUCCAAUCAGAUGGUGGGAAUGGCUGAUUCCUGGGAAAUGUGGAACUCCUUUCGUCGUCUUUGUGAAUAUCACAAUAAGUUGGCAAUUGUUCUGGAUGCCACGGGUACUUUACCUUCAGCAAAUUCAAUUGGGCGUUGGAUUGGUGAGCCUGUCAAAGCAGCCAUUAUACAUACCAAUACCUUUACAACCAAUAAUAAGGGUCCAUACCUUUCUAGGCGACGCCAAAAUCUGGCCAUUGACAUGUUCAGCCAUUCUAUGCAGGUUAUAAUUUCUGGGAAACUUGACCUCAAAGCUUUAAGUGAAACUUAUAAUAAAACCUCGGCCAAUGAUAUUCCAAAACAUCCUUUUAAGUCAUAUCUGGAUUCUUUGAGUUUAUUAUAUCAAAGGAUGGAUCCUCACGCUGGGAUUGAAUUAUGUGAGUUUGGUGAGAAAGAUUACUUGCAGGAACAUUCUCAACCUCUCCUGGAUAAUUUACAAUCACUGGCAUACGAAGAGUUAGAAAAAAAUGAAGCCAAAUAUAAUCAGUAUCGACUAGCAAUAUCCCAGGCUUUAAUUAAUAGGAUCUCUGAUAAAGACGCACCAGUUAAUGUAGCUGUAGUCAUUGUUGUUGGAGCUGGAAGAGGGCUUCUUGUUAGGGCAGCAUUUAAGGCAGCUAGAGAAACACGACGAAGGGUGAGAAUAUAUGCAGUCGAAAAAAAUCCAAAUGCAGUUAUCUCAUUGGAUAACAUGAUCAAGAACGAGGAUUUGGAAAACUAUGUUCAUGUAGUUUGUUGUGACAUUCGAAGCUGGUCGACAGAUGAUAAAGCUGACAUUUUGGUAGGCAUGCCCAUAAUCCUGACUUACAAAUUUUUCUCUGAUUGCGUUAGCGAUUUUCUGGGAUCUUUUGGUGAUGAUGAAUUAUCACCGGAGUGCCUUGAUGCAGCACAGAAAUUCCUAAAGGAUGAUGGGAUGCUAAUUCCUUGCGCGUGUACAAGUUAUCUCCAACCAGUAACAACAUCAAGGGUGUACAAUCGAAUAAAGUUGGAUAAAAAAUCUCAGUUUGAAACUCCAUAUAAUGUCAAACUUUACACUGUUGCAAGGGUGGCUCCUUCAAAACGCGUCUUUACAUUUAUACAUCCAAACAACUUAUCAACUUCAAAAACCAAUGAGAGGUACACAAAAAUCCAGUUCAAGAUACCUCCUGAAACUGGAGCAGCUUUAGUUCACGGAUUUGCCGGUUAUUUUGAGGCAAUACUUUAUCAGGACAUCCGUAUUUGUACCGAACCUUCAAGAAUCACACCUAGAAUCCUCGGUUGGUUUCCCUUAUAUUUUCCGUUGACUGAACCUGUUUAUGUAGCUUCGGGAGUCCCUUUAGAACUUGACUUCUGGCGAUGUUGUGAUCAGACUAAGGUUUGGUAUGAAUGGAGUGUGACUUCUCCAACAUUAUCACAUGUGCAUAAUAGCUGUGGUGAUUCAUACUCGGUUAAUCUCUAGAUUCAAACAAUUUGUUAGGUGGAAAAAGAUGGAAUUCAUGAGUUCUGAAGGAGGUUAUUGCUUUAUGAUUGGUCAUGCAUGACCUUAUUCAUUCUAUAAACAUACAUUUGUGUAUACAUACUCUGAUAGAAUUAGUUGCUUUGAGAGACUUAAAUAAUAAAAAGUUCUAUAUUGCA